CCCAGCCGCAGCAGCCGAAGCAGAAGUAGCCUGGCGGGGUGUGCAGGCGGAGGGCUGUGCGGCAGGGAGUGCUGGAGCCUGGACGGCGGGGCGGCUCUGGGACACGCUGGGGCUCACAGCUGGCCUCCUGCUCCGUCACCCCUUCCUGCACCCCAGAGUUACCAACAAUGACUGCCAUGUUCAAUGUGGACACGCUUCCGGAAUAUGAGAAAAGUCAGAUCAAGAGAGCCCUGGAGCUGGGCACGGUGAUGACGGUGUUCAGCUUCCGCAAGUCCACCCCUGAGCGCAGGACUGUGCAGGUGAUCAUGGAGACACGGCAGGUGGCCUGGAGCAAGACAGCUGACAAGAUCGAGGGCUUCUUGGAUAUCAUGGAAAUUAAGGAAAUUCGACCUGGGAAGAACUCCAAGGAUUUUGAGCGAGCCAAAGCAGUCCGUCAGAAGGAAGACUGCUGUUUCACCAUCUUGUAUGGCACCCAGUUCGUCCUCAGCACACUCAGUUUAGCAGCCGACUCAAAAGAUGAUGCAAAUAAAUGGCUCUCUGGCUUGAAAAUCUUACAUCAAGAAGCAAUGAGUGCAUCCACACCUACCAUUAUUGAGAGUUGGCUGCGAAAGCAGAUUUAUUCUGUGGAUCAAACCAGAAGGAACAGCAUCAGCCUUCGGGAACUCAAGACCAUCUUGCCCCUAGUCAACUUCAAAGUGAGCAGUGCCAAGUUCCUCAAAGAUAAGUUUGUGGAAAUAGGCGCACACAAAGAUGAACUCAGCUUUGAACAGUUUCAUCUCUUCUAUAAAAAACUUAUGUUCGAGCAGCAAAAAUUGAUUCUUGAUGAAUUCAAAAAAGAUUCUUCCGUGUUCAUCUUGGGCAACACUGACCGGCCGGAUGCGUCUGCUGUUCACCUGCAUGACUUCCAGAGGUUUCUCCUCCAUGAACAGCAGGAGGUUUGGGCUCAGGAUCUGAGCAAAGUUCGUGAACGGAUGACCAAGUUCAUUGAUGAUACCAUGAGGGAGACUGCUGAGCCGUUCUUGUUUGUGGAUGAGUUCCUCACAUACCUGUUUUCACGGGAGAACAGCAUUUGGGAUGAGAAGUACGAUGUGGUGGACAUGCAGGAUAUGAAUAACCCUUUGUCUCAUUAUUGGAUCUCCUCAUCACAUAACACGUACCUCACAGGUGACCAGCUGCGGAGCGAGUCCUCCACAGAGGCUUACAUCCGCUGUCUGCGCAUGGGCUGCCGUUGCAUUGAGUUGGACUGCUGGGAUGGCCCCGACGGGAAGCCCAUUAUCUAUCAUGGCUGGACGCGCACCACCAAGAUCAAGUUUGAUGACGUUGUCCAGGCCAUCAAGGACCAUGCCUUUGUCACCUCAAGCUUUCCCGUGAUCCUGUCCAUCGAGGAACACUGUGGUGUAGAGCAGCAGCGCCACAUGGCUAGGGUGUUCAAGGAGGUGCUUGGUGACCUGCUAUUGAUGAAGCCCACAGAGGCCAGUGCCGACCAGCUUCCCUCUCCCAGCCAGCUGCGGGAGAAAAUCAUCAUCAAGCACAAGAAACUGGGCCCCAGAGGUGACGUGGAUGUCAACAUGGAAGACAAGAAAGAGGAGCACAAGCAGCAGGGUGAACUAUACAUGUGGGACUCAAUCGACCAGAAAUGGACUCGACACUACUGUGCCAUUGCUGAUGCUAAGCUGUCCUUCAGUGAUGACAUAGAACAGACAGUGGAGGAGGAGCUGCCCCAGGAUACGCCUCCCACAGAACUGCAUUUUGGGGAAAAGUGGUUCCACAAAAAGGUGGAGAAGAGGACAAGUGCCGAGAAGCUGCUGCAAGAAUACUGUGCUGAGACUGGGGGCAAGGAUGGGACCUUCUUGGUGCGGGAAAGCGAGACCUUCCCCAAUGAUUAUACCCUGUCCUUCUGGCGCUCAGGCCGGGUUCAGCACUGCCGGAUCCGCUCUACCAUGGAAGGCGGGACCAUGAAGUACUACCUGACUGACAACCUCAUGUUCACCAGCAUCUACGACCUUAUCCAGCACUACCGAGAAGCGCAUCUGCGCUGUGCCGAGUUCGAGCUCCGGCUCACCGACCCCGUGCCCAACCCUAACCCCCAUGAGUCAAAGCCGUGGUACUAUGAUGGACUGAGCCGUGGAGAAGCCGAGGACAUGCUGAUGAGGGUCCCCCGGGAUGGGGCCUUCCUGAUCCGGAAGCGGGAGGGCACUGACUCCUAUGCCAUCACAUUUAGAGCCAAGGGCAAGGUGAAGCACUGCCGUAUCAACCGGGAUAACCGGCUCUUUGUGCUGGGUACCUCUGCCUACUUCGAGAGCCUGGUGGAGCUCGUCAGCUACUAUGAGAAGCAUGCACUCUACCGGAAGAUGAAGCUGCGCUACCCUGUGACUCCCGAGCUCCUGGAGCGUUACAAUAUGGAAAGAGACAUAAACUCUCUGUAUGAUGUCAGCAGAAUGUAUGUGGAUCCCAGUGAAAUCAACCCUUCCAUGCCUCAGAGGACUGUGAAAGCUCUGUAUGACUACACAGCCAAAAGAAGUGAUGAGCUGACUUUCUGCCGAGGUGCCCUCAUCCACAAUGUCUCCAGAGACCCAAGCCUACAAGGCUGGUGGAAGGGGGACUAUGGGACCCGAAUACAGCAGUACUUCCCAUCCAAUUAUGUGGAGGACAUUUCAACCGCUGAUGUGGAGGAGAUGGAAAAGCAGAUUAUUGAAGACAAUCCCUUAGGUUCUCUUUGCAGAGGAAUACUGGAUCUCAACACUUAUAAUGUGGUGAAAGCCCCACAAGGGAAAAACCAGAAGCCUUUUGUCUUCAUCCUGGAGCCCAAGAAGCAGGGUGACCCUCCAGUGGAGUUUGCCACGGACCGAGUGGAGGAGCUCUUUGAAUGGUUUCAGAGCAUCCGGGAGAUCACCUGGAAGAUCGACACCAAGGAGAACAACAUGAAAUACUGGGAGAAGAACCAGUCCAUCGCCAUCGAGCUCUCCGACCUGGUCGUUUAUUGCAAACCAACCAGCAAGACCAAGGACAAUCUAGAAAAUCCUGACUUCCGAGAAAUCCGCUCCUUUGUGGAGACAAAGGCUGACAGUGUCACCAGACAGAAACCCAUCGACCUCCUGAAGUACAACCAGAAGGGCCUGACGCGUGUCUACCCAAAGGGACAGCGAGUUGACUCCUCCAACUACGACCCCUUCCGUCUCUGGCUCUGCGGCUCCCAGAUGGUGGCACUCAACUUCCAGACGGCAGAUAAGUACAUGCAGAUGAAUCAUGCCUUGUUUUCACUCAAUGGGAGAACAGGCUAUGUCCUGCAACCUGAGAGUAUGAGGACAGAGAAGUAUGACCCCAUGCCACCUGAGAGCCAGAGGAAGAUCCUGAUGACUCUGACAGUCAAGGUCCUGGGUGCUCGCCACCUCCCCAAACUUGGACGAAGCAUUGCUUGUCCCUUUGUGGAAGUAGAAAUAUGUGGAGCCGAGUAUGACAACAACAAGUUUAAGACCACAGUUGUGAACGACAAUGGCCUAAGCCCUAUCUGGGCUUCAACCCAGGAGAAGGUAACCUUUGAAAUUUAUGACCCCAACCUGGCAUUUCUGCGCUUCGUGGUUUAUGAGGAAGAUAUGUUCAGCGACCCCAACUUUCUGGCUCAUGCCACUUAUCCUAUUAAAGGAAUCAAGUCAGGAUUUAGAUCAGUUCCUCUGAAGAAUGGGUACAGUGAAGACAUUGAGCUGGCUUCCCUCCUGGUGUUCUGUGAAAUGCGGCCAGUCCUGGAAAGUGAAGAGGAACUCUACUCCUCCUGUCGCCAGCUUCGGAGGAGACAAGAAGAGCUGAACAAUCAGCUUUUUCUGUAUGACACACAUACAAACUUGCGCAAUGCCAACCGGGAUGCCCUGGUUAAAGAGUUCAAUGUUAAUGAGAACCAGCUCCAACUAUACCAGGAGAGAUGCAAUAGGAGGUUGAAAGAGAAGAGAGUCAGCAACAGCAAGUUCUACUCAUAGAAGCUGGUGCCUGUGUGAGAGGUGUGUGUGCGUGAGAGGUGUGUGUUUGUGUGUGUGUGUGUGUGUGUGUGUGCGCGCGCGCGCGCGCGCGUUAGAGAAUGUGCUUGAUUCAGGCCUUGGGGAUAUGCUCAUUAGUGGUGACAUCAUCCUCUCCUCCAGCCUGCCAUCAAGAUAGAGUUUCUGAAGAUCUGACUGCCAUGAGUUCAAGUGAUAGUCUGCUAAUUUUUUUUCAUCUUGGACAACUUAACUUAUAUUCUCUUUAGAGGAUUUCUCCAUAAAAUGUGCUCCUAGUUUUGACACCUUAUUUUGCAAACCUCAUUGAAUUAAAAAAAAAACAAAC